AUGAAUUGGAAUAUUCUUCUAAUAUUGACAACAAUUUGCCUCUGCACCGAACAAUUGCCCAACGCCAGCAAAUUCAGUAGAACUCUACAAUCUCAAAAAGGAAUCGCUGAAAGAAAUGUAUAUCAACCUGAAGAGGUUGCUAAGCGGAUUAACGAACUUGGUGAAUUUUGGAAUAUGACUUCGUUAUUUAUUAUCUACAAAUGGAAAUUGCAACAUAGUCAUUUGGCCCGGGGAAUUCUACGUGAAUUAUAUGAGAAGAAAGGUUAUUUCCAACAUUUCCCCAAACUCACCAUGCAGGAUGUGGAUGUAAAAACUCCCCUAUACAAUAUGACCGAUAUAAAACGUAAUGCUUUGGUCUUGACGUUAAUGCAUAGCGUGUAUGAUCGGGUUUUGGAGUCCACAGCAAUGGCGACACGUCAUCGUAGGACCUGCUUUACAAUUUAUCUCCUGCAUACCUUUACCUCACCCGAUGAUCAUCGUUUUUUAUUUGAGCAGCUGUGGAAAUAUCAGCUGAGGCGACCUUUGGUAAUAGCAAAUGGUCGUGAUAUACUGACAAUGGAUCCAUAUCCCACACUGAGAAUUAUAAAUGUCACUUCGGAACCUUUGUCUAUGUGGUUUCCCAUUGUGGAUGGUAUUCGAGAUUUCAAAGGCUAUACCGUAAAUAUGCCCGUACAAAGUGAUUACCCUUCGACGAUAUUUUAUUUCGAUGAAGUGAAACAAAAAUAUGUAUCCGAUGGUUUGGCUGCAUGGAUUGUAGCGGAGUUAAUGUACCGGCUAAAUGUCACGCUAAAUAUUUACCCCCUAGAAAUCAACAAUUCAUUUGCAUUGGAUUCACGUCAAAUCUAUCUACUUAUACGCAGUGGAGAAUCUGAAAUAUCGCCUCAUAUUCUGUCGAUUGUCAACUAUAGACCGGGUGUGGACUAUAGCUACCCCUUUAUUUCCACCUCACGUUGCAUAAUGAUACCAAAACCGGAAAAGCAGCAAAUAACCUUUUUGGAUUUUAUAAAUUGGAAGGUGUGUCUGACCUUGGUGGUCUUUGUUGUGAUUUAUGAACUAAUAUGGAGCCUUUACUCCGCUUAUAGUUCGCAUCGGAAACAUCCGCAAAUGGGUUGGCAGCGUUAUCGUCCUUUCUACAUUAUUUGCAUUCUCUUGAGUAUUCCAGUACCCAACGUACCCCUCCAGCCCUUGAGCGGAAUACGUCUUUCGAGAUUUCUACGCAUCUUCGUGUUAUAUACCGCCAUUGCCUUUACGGGUAUUUAUAUCUCUCAAUUAUUUUCGAGCAAUUUAAGUUCCUAUCUCAUGGCAAAUUAUUUCAAAGGACCUCCGAAUCGCCUGAAGGAUAUACUCGCCGAAAACAUACCUAUCCUCAUGAUAUCAUUCGAUGCAAAAUUUUUUACGAAAUUUUUCAAUAUUAAAAUUGCCGAAACGCAUCAAUUGAUCGGCACCUCCUACGAGAAUGUCUAUGACCAUUUGUCCCAUUUAAAUAAUUCGUUUAUGUAUUUAAUUGCCCAGGAGGAAUUUGUGGCCAUUGAUGAGCAGCAACGUUAUUUGGAUCCCAAACGUUUUAGCCUUUCGACGGUUUGUCAUGGACCUUAUCCAUUCCAAUUGCUAUUUCGUGCCGAUAGCCAUUUUUUGGAGAUAUUCCAUUUGUUUAUUUUAAGUAUACGUGAGAGUGGUCUUUAUCAGCAUUAUCGGCAAAAUCUUUUUCACCGCAUUAAGGAUCAUUUGAAAAUUGAUUAUGUGCGGGAUUUGAAUAACCACAAUAUGACAAAUCUCACCGUAAAUACAUUAUCUGCUAUGGUGAUUGUCCUAUCCAUUGGCUAUAGCCUUAUAAUCUGUUUGGCUUUGUUCGCCUCUGUGGCCGUUGUUGCCGUCAACGCCAUUGCUGGGCAAUCGGCCUGCCGUGACCCCUCAGAAGUUGGCCAAACCUAUCCCCAUCAUUGGGAUCCAUCAAAAUAUUGGUUCUGUGAAAAAUUGAAUGAAAACGCUGUGGAAAAGGAUUGCCCCAAGGAUACCGCUUAUAUGCAUUUGUUGAAGGCCUGCAUUCCAUGGCCCAAUUGGGUAUGGAAGAAACCCGAAAAUCCACCAACAUUAGCUUAA